UUUAUUGCGGUUUUGUGCUUUCGCUUUUGGUGAGCGCUUUUGGCACACAAAUAUUGUUCGGGUUCGCCGUGUUUUCGUUCUGCUUGAUCUACUAGCGACGUGACAGCAUGUGAGGCGUAACAGCUGUCAGCCGACGACCGUACGGCUGAUUAAUCCGCUUUCGAGCGCGAGCACAGUAUUCAGGUGUUCAGCCCGAGGCUCGCCAGGAAAUGGCCGCCGUGCCGGAGAAGGCGAAUCGCAAGGAGCUGUGCGAGAUCAUCUGCACGCAAAAAGAAAAACUCCAGCGUUAUGAGGGCCGGCUCAAAGACCUUGUGCGUGCAUACAAAAGUCUGCAGAAGGAAAAAGAUGCCCUCGAAGUAAGCCUGAAAGCCCUGACAUCGUCAAAAGCCAGCGAAAAAGCUCGCGCAAGUUCGUCGAAUGAGUCCCUGGCUGAAAAGAAAAGUGAGAAACCAUCGGAACCUACUCAAUCUUCAACAGAUGACUGUCAAAAUAAUGCGAACAGCCCUGGUGAUCCUGCGCCGAGUGGCGACCCCGAGGACCACGUGGCUGCACUCUCUCAAGCACUGUCUACCCUUACGGAAGAGAAGGCUCGCAUGGAAGCUGCCUUCCAGGCCGACCGUAAGCGACUCAUCCAGGAGAAGGAGGCCGCACUGCGUCAGGUCGAGGAAGUUCAGAGAAAUGCCGGGGAGCAGGCCACUUCGCUGGAAGCCAAGGCAACCGAGCUGCGAACAAAGUUGCGCGAGGAGCAGAUGGCUCGUGAGCAGGAGCAAAGUGACCAUGCAGCCAUGCUGAGGGAACUGCAGCGCCUGCUUUCUGAAGAACGGACCCUUCGCGAGAACUUGGAGGACAAGCUGGAGGAAGCGAUGAGGAAAGCGGCUCAGGCGGACUUGGCAAAAGAGUACGAGGCCAAAGUGGAGAAGCUGACACAGGAGCUGGAGGAAGUGCGCAAGCGGCUGCUUGCAUCCGAGGAGAAGCUGCGACAGCCUUCCCCCCUGCUGCUCAAGCUACAGCAGGAGUUGGUGGAAGUCAAGGCCCAACACCAGGCCGCACUGGAGCAGGAAAAGAAACAGGCGGGGCAUGCCCAGGCGCGUCUGCAUCAGCAGACAACGGGAAGCGAGGCACGGGUGGCCAGCCUGGAGAGCCGUCUGCAGGAGCUGUCCCAAGCAGUGGGCACGUACGACCGGCUACGCAUGCAAGACCGUGCGGCCAUCCAGCGUCUGCGAGAACGUCUCUCACAGCUCGCCCAAGAAAACGCGGCUUUAGCGAAUGCGGCAGGCAUUGGUGCCAAGGCUGCGGAACUGCCUUCCCAGGACAGCAACCUGGACAUGAAGACCCUGUUGGACCGAUUUGGCAAGAUGCGCCUGCUGCUGAAGGAGUCGAAUCAGCGUGCCGAGAAGCCCGUUGACCUGAUUGCUUACUUCCAAGAGCUGGCAGAAGAGGAAGUCCUCGGCCUGCAUGCAAAAUGCAAGGAGGAGCUUCGCCAGCUGAAGGACGAGUUUGAACAGUACAAGGCUCACGCCAACUCUGUGCUCCAGGGCGCAGGCAGCCAAGGAAGUUAUGCAAAGGGUCAGGAGUCUUCGGCAGAGUUGGAUCGACUCAGGCAGCAAGUGAAGGACCUUCAAGGGCAGCUGAGGACGCAGCGGGCCCAGUUCGAGGCGCAAGAGCAGAGCAACAGGGAGACCACCGCAAAGCUUCAGCGCGCCCUGUCAGAUGCGGAACUGCGGCACGAGCAGGAGUGCCAGCGCCUGGAACAGCGCUGGAGCAGCAAGUUGUCGGAGCUGGAGUCCCUGAUGCAGGCGCAGAGGGACCGCUCCCUGGCUCUGGUCGAGGAGAAGGAUCGCGAGCUGCAGGCACUGCGCGCCACACUCGCCAGCCUCGAAUCGGAGAGCCAGCGCUACGACUGGCAGGCACAGCACGAGGUCGUCAGCAGCAGCGGCGGCUUGGCAGUGGAAGUCUCUGGUGACCAGGAGGGAAGCUCUGAUGCACAGGGCUUGGAUCCCCUUCUCACCGAGUUGCUCUCGAAGAAUGUGGGCUUUGCUUCCAAAGAUGUCAAAAGCAAGACCGAGUGUCAGCUGCUGCACUACGCCCAAGAGCUGGCUCGCAAGGACGCCGAGCUUCUGCGUACCCUGAGAGAGAAGAGAGACGUCGAGUCGGCGCUCCGGGACCUCCAGAGAUCUCUUGCUGCUCAAGGAGCAGAAGGACGCCCAGGAGAGGGAAGCACUGAGAGCACAUGCCUGGACCCAGCGACAGUGGCAAAGGUGAACCUGCAGUAUCUCAAGAACGUGGUGCUGCAGUAUUUGCUCUGCAACGAAGCCCCAGCACGCAAGCACAUGCUCAACGCAAUCGCCGUAGGUCUGCGGUUCACACCACGCGAGGCGCAGCUGGCUCGACAAGCAGCACAGGCCUGGUGGUGAAAACGUUUUCAAAUGCCUUCCUUCAAUGAAAAGCACGUUGAGCAGGCAUACAUGUCAGGCCAUCACUUUUAGGGCACAUCUGCAGUAACGGUCGUGUCAAUGUUGUCAAAUCGUUGUAACACUUGCAUCGUACCAAGCACUGAAUAGUUUCCAGAAGCCGGCAACUGCGUCUUAAUGUGCAGUGUGAUGCUUUAGGCAACUUGCACAUUGCGCUAAGCCUGUUGCCGUUGGUUUACAGGCUCUGUUUACUGUUGCCAUCGGGCAGAGCCCAAAUAUGCAAAUGCUAGGCUCGCAUAACGGCCAGUGCUGAGAAGCAUUAUUCACUAAAUCCAAAGUCUGUCCUCGAUGUAGGUUCUUUUUAUGCUUUAUUUAUUGUGAUUUUUCUCUAGCCCCUCCCUACUCAAUGCUCUUCGGGGCCUAUAGGGUACCAUGAAUAAAUUGACGUGCAUUGGCUACUAGAGUGAUCGAGUGCCAGGAGCCGGUGCUACACAGUGCUGGCCAGUACAUGAGCUACACUCAAAACCUCAUUUAAUGAAAGCACAUAUGUCACGAAAAUUCUUCGUUAUAUCCAGAAAUUCGUUAUAAAUGAUUAUUUGUUACUGUAUUUAUGGUAAAGCUAUUGGUCGCUUACAUCGUUAUAAUUGAUAAUUUGUUGCAUUGCGGAUUGAGUGGACAUGCCUACGUCUUGGAAUUGAGCCUGAUGACAGCAGUAUGCAAGUGUUAUAGCUAGGUCAUACCAAAGCUUGAACUUGCUUGCACCGAGUGCAGCCUAUCUAGAUAGUACUACUUGUAAAGUGAUUCCAACCUGACAAACUGUAGUUCCUAAUGUAAUGUACGCAACUGCGCACUCUGCACGUCUUUCUAUGAGUGUGUUUGUUGUUGUACAGAUGUGUUGAUUGCGGAGGUUUUUCCGAGAAUCGCGAUGCGUAGUUGUACAUUUGGAGUGAGCCAUAAUCUUAGUUUUAUACUUUGUGUUGCUGUCUACACACGCUUUGAACACCGCAGUGUUCGAUGUGCAAUAUAAACACAGGGAUCAAGGUGCAAGGCAUUUUGUUUUAAUUUUGCGCAGUCAUAUAAAACUUCUAGCUGCUGUUUUGCUAGCUCGGUGAAUGGGAAUACAUACUCUGCAUGCGGAGAUUGAACCAAGUGCAAAACUUCUUGAAAUAUUAAACAUCACUAUUUUUUCUUACAGU